CAUGCUGGACCAGAAGGGUAGUGCUGUUGACGCCGCCAUCGCCACUCUCCUGUGUAAUGGUAUCCUAACCAUGCAUAGCAUGGGUAUUGGUGGAGGCAUGCUUAUGAAUAUCUACCUUAAGGACAGUAAACAUGCCUAUUCCAUUGACGCACGUGAGGUCGCACCGUUCGAAGCAUUCCAAGAAAUGUUCGAUGGCAAACUGGAACUAUCACUUAAUGGUGGACUUUCGAUUGCCGUGCCGGGCGAACUGAUGGGUUAUCAUCGCGCGCACGAACGUUUUGGCAAAUUACCCUGGAAGACACUCGUCGAACCGGCAAUUAAAUUGUGUCACGAAGGCUUCUUUUUGACACAUCACCAAUGGAGUGCAUUGAAUUAUCGCUGGCAUCAUAUGAAGAACAACACCGUGUUGACCGAUGUUUUCGUUAAUGCCACAACUGGUCAACUGUACCCGGUCGGCACGAAAAUUAAGCCACAAAAAGUGCUUUGCGAAACUUAUGAGCUCUUAGCGGCAAAUGGGCCACUCGACUUCUACAAUGGUACGCUGGCGCAUAUGGUGGUGGAGGACCUAAAGGAUCUUGGUAGCAAAAUAACAGCAUAUGACUUGGAAUCCUACUCCGCUGAUAUGGUCAGUUCGAUCACCAUGCAAUUGGGCGACGAUAUACUCUAUGCCGUGCCGCCUGUUAGUAGUGGCACUGUUGUGGCCAAUAUACUCAGCAUUUUGGAAGGUUUCAAUUUCACCAAAGCCGAUUUGAUCGGUGCGCAGAACGUGGCUAAUACGCUGCAUCGCAUAGCGGAAGCGCUUAAGUUUGGCUUUGCAAAGCGCUGGGAAUUGGGUGAUUUGCGCUUCAACGAUGUGCGUGAGCUCGUCAGCAGACUUACCAACCCCGAGUACAGCAUGAGCAUACGCGAGAAGAUCAACGAUAAUAAAGUGCAUAAGGAAAUCUUUGAUUAUGGAGCCAAUUUAUGCGAAGACGAUGCAGGCACAUCCCAUGUAGUCGUUCUGGCGCCCGAUGGCGAUGCGGUUUCUGUGACGAGCUCCGUUAACGAAUAUUUUGGUGCCAGUCAGGCUGGACGUCGUACCGGUAUCGUAUUUAAUAGCGCCAUGAAUGAUUUCUCUGUCGCUGGUACUACUAAUCACUACGGUCUACCAGCGGCACCUACCAAUUUUAUUGACGCACGCAAGCGACCCAUGUCGUCGAUGUCACCAAUGAUUUUGACCGAUCAGAAAGGUAAUGUGCGUUUGGUUUUGGGCGGCGGUGGUUCGAAAAUCAUAUCAGCUGUUGUUGAGGUGGCGGCGCGCUUCCUAUGGUUCGGGCAGGACAUCAAGUCGGCCAUUGAUGCGCCACGUAUUCAUCAUCAACUCUUACCAAAUGUUUUGCAAUACGAAUUUGGUCAAUUUAGUGAGGAAGUAUUGCAGCUGCUGAAGGCGAAAGGACACGAGUUGCAACCCUACAGAAUUGGCUCAGUGGUGUGCGCCAUUGCGAGAAACGAUACGGCGAUAUAUGCGAAUGCGGACUUUAGAAAACGUGGCGGGUAG